AUGUCCAAGUCGGACCCUAAGCCCACCCGGCCCCGGCCCGGCCCAUGGCCACCUCUCCCGGAGGAGGCUCCAAUGCCGCCCUCGUCCUGGGCCAAGAAGACCGGCUUCCGCCCCAAGUUCUCCGGCGAGACCAAUGCCAGUGAUUCCGGCCAGAUAUCCUUGCCGCCUCCCCGGCCGCCCCCGCCCCGGGGGAGUGAGCCCGAUCUUGAGGCCGGCCGGGUGAGGAGCCAGCCGGCGGCGACGAAUGGGGUGACGGUUCCGGCGGCGGUGGCGAAGGCGGCGCCGAGUGGGGAUAAGGAGCAGACGGUGGUGAAGAGGAGGAAGGAGAGUGAUGGAGGGUCGAAGAAUGCGGGUAAUGGGCCCAAUGGGCAAGCGGUGGCGGUUGCGGUGGAGCCCAAUUCGCAGCCGAGGAGGCCGGCCAGGAGUGAAGAAGUGGUUGAUGUUUUGCCUAAUAAUGGGGAUGAUGAUGGGUUUAUGUCCAGGCCUUCUCAUAUAAAAUAUGAGCUUAGAGACACGCCCGGGCUUGUCCCCAUUGGUCUAUAUGGAUUCCAGCAUUAUCUCUCCAUAUUGGGUUCGAUAAUUUUAAUCCCACUCGUCAUAGUUCCAGCAAUGGGCGGUACUUAUGAGGAUACUGCAAAUGUGGUAUCGACAGUGCUCUUUGUUUCGGGAGUGACCACACUGCUGCAAACGUCGUUUGGAUCAAGAUUGCCCUUGAUACAGGGCCCGUCAUUUGUUUACUUAGCACCCGCUUUGGCAAUUAUCAAUUCUCCGGAAUUUCAAGGACUCAAUGGAAAUAAUUUUAAGCAUAUCAUGAAGGAGCUACAGGGGGCAGUAAUAAUAGGUUCAGCUUUUCAAGCACUACUUGGAUAUACUGGACUAAUGUCAUUGUUUUUGAGGUUGAUCAAUCCAGUGGUUGUGUCUCCAACAAUUGCUGCUGUUGGACUUUCUUUCUACAGUUAUGGUUUCCCAUUAGUUGGUACUUGUCUUGAGAUUGGUGCUGUGCAGAUAUUAUCAGUCAUUAUUUUUUCUCUUUACCUACGGAAGAUAUCUGUUUUUGGUCAUCGUGUAUUUCUAAUAUAUGCAGUUCCAUUGGGUCUGGCAAUCACAUGGGCAACUGCUUUCCUCCUAACUGAAGCUGGAGUGUAUAAUUAUAAAGGCUGCGAUACAAACGUACCGGCAUCAAACAUAAUUUCUGAUCAUUGCAGAAAGCACGUGUCGAGAAUGAAGCAUUGCCGAGUUGAUACUUCUCAUGCGUUAAAUGCUUCCCCAUGGUUUAGGUUUCCUUAUCCAUUACAAUGGGGUACUCCUGUUUUCCACUGGAAAAUGGCUAUUGUAAUGUGUGUGGUUUCAAUUAUCUCAUCAGUGGAUUCGGUUGGCUCAUAUCAUGCUUCUUCACUAUUGGUGGCAUCCAGGCCUCCAACUCCUGGUGUUGUUAGUCGAGGGAUUGGUCUUGAAGGUCUUUCCAGUGUCUUGGCUGGAUUAUGGGGUACUGGGACAGGGUCGACAAGUUUAACCGAAAAUGUGCACACAAUAGCUGUAACUAAGAUGGGAAGCCGUAGAGCAGUUGAACUGGGUGCAUGUGUCUUGAUUGUCUUAUCCCUUGUUGGUAAAGUUGGAGGGUUUCUUGCAUCAAUUCCGCAAGUCAUGGUUGCAGCACUUCUGUGCUUCAUGUGGGCGAUGCUUGCUGCACUGGGUCUGUCAAAUCUACGUUACAGCGAGGCUGGAAGCUCUCGGAAUAUUAUAAUUGUCGGGCUAUCUUUGUUUUUCUCGCUGUCAAUCCCAGCGUACUUUCAGCAAUACGGCAUUGCUCCAAGCUCCAACUUAUCUGUUCCUAGUUAUUUUCAGCCAUAUAUUGUGGCUUCUCAUGGGCCUGUCCGCAGCAAAUAUGGAGGGAUGAAUUAUGUCCUCAACACAUUAUUUUCGUUACACAUGGUGAUUGCAUUCCUUGUGGCUGUUAUCCUGGACAACACAGUACCUGGAAGUCGUCAAGAACGUGGUGUAUAUGUGUGGUCGGAACGUGAGGUUGCAAAGAGGGAGCCUGCUGUUGCCAAAGACUAUGAGCUGCCCUUCAGAAUUGGCCGGGUUUUCAGAUGGGUGAAAUGGGUUGGACUUUAAGAAAACGUUUGGUUACGGUCGCAAUUGAUCCGUUUUUCAAGCUUACCGGUAACCACUUUCAGAGCCAUUAUAUUGUACGGAGAUUCUAAAUGUAAGUUCAGGGCGCGUAUGCAUAAUUAUUGGUCUGGAAACUGUUUUGUCAUACACGGAAGGCACUUGGGAUUCUUAGGUUUAGGGUUUAUAGAGGUAUUUGUGUACAUUUGAGAAACCAGAGGGUCUGGUGGUGUUGUAAUCAUAGAUUAUGAACAAUGUAUCUAUCCUUUUUAUUUAGCAUAUCAGUGUAUCUAUUUUUGAGUCACAUUCC